AUGGAAGUUGUCAAGGAGCUCCACGCUGCUGUGGCAAAUGCCUGUGAGGCCUCAUUCGACAAUGCCUAUAAGCACAUGAAAUCCCAUAUUGAUGCACACGCCAAAGAGGCAGAAAUUAAAGAAUUACUGGCUAAUCAAGCCCAGCGACAAUCAGAGACAAGAAUCCGAGAGCUUCAGCGUGAUAUUUCGGUACUCCGGAGUGAGCUGCAACAAUAUGAAAUUGAUCCACGGGAUCUUGAACUUCCCGGGAAAUACGCCAAUCUAGAGACCGAAUUUGACCCGAAGAACCUGUGGGGGGGUGACCUGGAUGAUGGUGACCAUCACAAUCUUCGGAAGUCCCGGAAAAGAGUUGAGGCCAAAUACACCGCGCUUUAUACAAAUUUACAGACGUUAAUCCAAACUUGGAGUGGUCUCAAAUCCCGGGUGUUGCAGCAUAAAAAGAAGCUACGGCGAUGGGAUCAGCAAUUAGAGCGUGAAGAAUUCUCGCUUGUUCUCAAUGGCCAACCCGUCACAUUCCGUAGAGUGCAAAGUCCCACUCCCGAGGACGUUGACGAAGAACACUCGCAGGCCCAAACCUCCUCGAAGAAACGUCCAAGAGAACAACGUCCAGAUCUUCCAGCCAAGGCCAUUAAGCUGUCGCAAAAAACGACCCGUGCAGAUGAUGUGCAUGCAAAUAUGAAAGUUGAAGAAGAUAACCAAAGAAUAAUUCACGGCCCAACAUCAGAGUCAGAAUCCACUCAGUCUGGCUCUCCUAGACGCGAUAUGGAACCCUCGGAAUCUUCUGAUACAAUAUGUCUCAUGUCCAAUGUCCCCCAACAGCAAAAUCAGCAGAGUUUUUCACCGACACGUCCCGGCAGGAAUCUCGUGCACAGCCAGCGGGCGAUCAUCGGCUCGGAGCACCCUGCAGUUGUCAAAAACGAGAUCUUGUCCUCGAGUCCAACCCGAGGUGCAAUGCAUAACGGUGAACCGCCAUUCGUAAGCACGCAAGAUCUUGAUGAGAUAGGGGACACGAUACGAACACCAAUGAAACGGAAAGCCUAUCGGGAUGUCAAUAUUGCAAACGCUUGGAAUUCCGAGAACAGUACAAGUAACGCACAUCACUCAACGCGGAUAACACCAGGCCAGCAAAUACCUCAGCAGUCACAUAUACUCCAACCGGUUGACGGAAACACACGCAGUGCCGCAUUUUCUGCACAGAAUUCUUCCGCGAAACGCUUUCAAGAUCUGGGGCGACGCGCAAUACCAGCUCUGGCAGAAGACGGCGACGAUGCGACAAACUUACGGAUAUCCUCGAAGGUUGGCUCCGGUGUCAAUCCCGGACCUUCGGAGGCAAAGAACAAAGGUGGAUUUGCACAGAGACGUCUAGAAAAUCUUCUAGAACAAUCGGUACCCUCCAAAUCACCACUUCGUUUGUCGAGCAAAGUCUCCGGCCCGGAUUUAACAAUGACGAACGAUGCACCCCAGAGUGGUCAAACAAGGGCUGAUAUGUCGAGUCAAAUGGUCCCGGAUAUAGAGCCCGAUGAUGAACCAUUCAGGGCAAGGCCUCUUCAUCGCCUUGGGUUGGGGCAUUUCAAAAUCAAUCCGGCUAGAAAUCAAGGGCUAGAUUACGCAUAUGAUGCAGUUGUCCGAAAGAAGGAUGACCGCAAAUGCAUAUCAGGCUGUACUCGCCCAGGAUGUUGUGGUGAUCGGUUCCGGGCCAUGGCCCGCCUUGGGGGCCUCCCCGGUAAAUCCGGAGUAGCGCAAGAGGAAGAAGAUCAGGCGAUUCUACAAGAGUUUGUGGGAGAAGAUACACAAUUGCUUCGAAAUACCAGCGGCAAAGAGCGUGAAAAUCUCCUGGUGGAAGCGAGAGCCAGGGCCCUGGCCAACCAAUAUGGACGACAUCGGCAUACUCACCAGCGGGCCCAGUCCCCUCCUGGCUUCUGGCGAACUGACAUGCCAGAUACACAGGAGGGGGAAGACGACCUUGAAGCUGCCAAGAGGUUAGAGCGUGAGAAAGUGGAAGAGCGAUAUCGAGAGGCUAUGCGCCCUGGGGGGUUAUGGACGUGGGCGGAUGAAUGA